CUUGCCUUUAAAACUUGAAGAAAACCAUCGAGAGACAUGCCUGCAGAAGCGGGAACCAAACAUCUUCACCACCACUCACUGCCCUCUCUCCGCCGCCAUCAACCCACUUUUUUCUUCUCUCCCGGCGAUCCGCUUCUUUCGCACCAACCCUUUUCUCUCCUUUUCACAUGCAUACAAACUCCAUCACACGCGACACGGAAAAAAAAAACAACAAAAAACAGAGCAAUAAAUAUCACAGGUUGAGAAAAUUCGUCUUUUCGGGUUUUCUUCGAUUCUCUGUCCGACCUAGAAAACUACUUUCAAGAUUUUUUUUUUUGGUGAAAGAGUCGGAUUUGAAACUUUCGAGCGUUUUUGUGAGAAAAUUAUUGAAUCUUUUUCGUGGGUUUUGAUCAUUUUCUUCUGAGACUUUGAAGGGUGGUGAGAGUUGUAGCGGUUAAUUUAAAAAAAUUAAUUGCAGAGAGGUUGAGUUUUUGUGGCGAAUUUGGUGUUUUCAGCGACGAAACUCUGAUGGUUUCGAUUGUUUUACGAUUUGCGUACGUUGUUUGAUAGAUUAGAUAAUCGAAUUAUAAGAAAAAAACAGAGAGAGAGAGAGAGAGAGAGAGAGAGAGAGAGAGAGAUGGAGCAGAAAGGCAUUCUGCUGUCGGCUUUGGGGGUGGGAAUGGGGGUGGGAGUCGGUCUUGGGCUUGCUUCCGGCCAGACGAUGAGCAAAUGGACCGGAAACGACAAGAUGUCGAACGGCGUCACGCCAGAUAGGGUGGAGCAGGAGUUGCUGCGACAGAUCGUUGAUGGAAGAGACAGCAAGGUCACAUUCGACCAGUUCCCCUACUACCUCAGUGAGCAGACGAGAGUUUUGAUAACGAGUGCUGCCUAUGUCCAUCUUAAGCGAGCCGAGGUUUCGAAGUACACACGCAAUCUUUCUCCUGCAAGUCGGGCUAUUUUGCUCUCAGGACCUGCUGAACUUUACCAACAACAGCUUGCCAAGGCUUUAGCCCAUUACUUCCAAGCCAAGUUACUGCUCUUGGACGUAACGGAUUUUUCUCUAAAGGUGCAGAGCAAAUAUGGCAAUACCAACAAAGCAUCUUCUUUUAAAAGAUCCACUUCAGAGGCGACACUAGAGCGGUUGUCUGGGCUGUUUGGAUCAUUUUCACUCUUUCCGCAAAGGGAGGAACCGCCUAAAGGUAAUUUACGAAGGCAAAGAAGUGGUGUGGAUCUCGGAUCAAGUGGGCUAGAAGGUUCUUGUAAGCCUUGCAUGCUUCGUAGGAAUGCUUCAGCUUCAGCUAAUAUCAGUAACCUUGCUUCUCAGAGCACUCCUGCAAUUUCAGGUGAGUUUAAGCGCACAAGCAGCUGGUCUUUUGAUGAGAAGCUUCUUAUACAGUCCCUGUACAGGGUUUUGGUUUUUGUCUCGAGUACUAGUCCCAUUGUGCUGUAUCUUAGGGACGUUGACAAGCUCUUAUCUAGAUCGCAAAGGAUAUACAACUUGUUCCAGAAAAUGUUGAAGAAAUUAUCUGGAGCCGUGUUGAUCCUUGGUUCACGUGUUGUGGAUCUCGGUAGUGACAACAGAGAGGUCGAGGAGAGGCUUACUGCUCUUUUCCCUUACAACAUUGAGAUCAGGCCUCCCGAAAAUGAAUCACAUCUUGUCAGCUGGAAGACUCAACUGGAGGAGGAUAUGAGAAUGAUUCAGGUUCAGGAUAACAAAAACCACAUCAUGGAAGUUCUUUCGGCUAAUGACCUUGAUUGUGAUGACCUUGGUUCUAUCUGCAUCGCAGACACAAUCGACCUCAGUAACUAUAUAGAAGAGAUUGUUGUAUCAGCAGUUUCUCAUCAUUUGAUGAAUAACAAAGAUCCUGAAUACAGAAAUGGGAAACUCGUCAUUUCCUCCAAGAGUUUGUCCCAUGGAUUAAACAUAUUCCAAGAGGGAAAAUCCAGUGGGAAAGAUACAAUGAAGCUGGUAGCCAAGGUUGAAGUGCCUAAGGAAGGAGGAAAUGAAUUGUCUGUUGGUGUAACAACAGAAACAAAAACCGAAAGCACUGCUCCUGCUGCAGAGACAGCAGCUGCAGCAGCAAAACCAGAUGCUGACAAUUCAAUUCCAGUAUCAAGAGCUUCUGCAGAAUUCGAUAAUGAAUUUGAGAAACGCAUAAGACCAGAGGUCAUACCAGCUAACGAGAUCGGUGUAACAUUUGCUGAUAUUGGUGCCUUGGAUGAGAUUAAAGAAUCCCUUCAGGAAUUGGUAAUGCUCCCGCUGCAAAGACCAGACCUUUUCAACGGGGGCCUACUAAAGCCUUGUAGAGGUAUACUGCUAUUUGGCCCCCCUGGAAGUGGGAAGACUAUGCUGGCAAAGGCCAUAGCUGGAGAGGCUGGAGCAAGCUUCAUUAAUGUAUCCAUGUCUACCAUUACCUCUAAAUGGUUUGGUGAAGAUGAGAAAAAUGUCCGAGCAUUGUUCACCCUUGCAGCCAAAGUCUCUCCAACCAUCAUCUUUGUGGACGAGGUUGAUAGCAUGCUUGGGCAGCGAACAAGAGUUGGAGAGCAUGAAGCUAUGCGGAAAAUAAAAAAUGAAUUCAUGACUCACUGGGAUGGGCUCUUGAGUAAUCAAGGAGACCGAAUCCUUGUUCUUGCUGCAACCAACAGACCAUUUGACCUUGAUGAAGCAAUCAUCAGGCGUUUUGAACGAAGAAUUUUGGUGGGGCUACCGACUGUAGAGAACAGAGAGAUGAUUUUGAGAACCUUGUUGUCGAAAGAGAAGGUGGAAGCACGACUAGAUUUCAAGGAGGUUGCAACUAUGACUGAAGGAUUUAGUGGAAGUGAUCUUAAGAACUUAUGUACAACAGCUGCCUAUCGACCAGUUAGGGAAUUAAUACAGGCGGAGAGAAAGAAGGAUCUGGAGAAAAAGAAGACAGCUGCACAAGAUGGUGCAGGAGAACGGAAUCCAGAAGCUGCCCCAGCAACAGAAGUAGAACAUAAAGAAGAAAGAGUGAUCACCCUCAGGCCCCUAAACAUGGAAGACUUCAAGCAGGCGAAGAACCAGGUUGCAGCUAGCUUUGCAGCUGAGGGAGCCAUGAUGAAUGAAUUGAAGCAGUGGAACGAUCUAUACGGGGAAGGGGGGUCACGAAAGAGAGAGCAAUUGAGUUACUUCCUAUGAGAUUGGUGGUGUAAACUAGUACAUUUUUCCACGGUUAGUUUUGAGUAUCAAUGGUCAAACACUUCUUGUUCCUUCAGUUCUUCCUGGCACAGGUAAGUCAGUCACCAAAUUUGAAGACAUGAACAAACAGAAUUUGACCGAAGCAUAGGCUGUAUUAGGAUGUGGAAGAGAACAAUCUUGUAUUAAUCUUAUGAUUCUCCUACGGUUUGUGAAGGACAUGCAAAUGCUCGGAUAUAAACUUCUUUUUGUCUUGCUUCUGCGUUCUGAGAAUAAGGCGUGACAACUACGAAUAUCUGGAUUGUUGUGAACUACUGUUUUCAUAUGUAAUACUAAUAGGCGGAACACCGUGAGUGUUUAGAUCGGUGUAUCCAACCAUAUACAGCUUUCUCUUCGUUUGUUUCUUUGUUGCUAAAUUCCUGCAGAGAAACUGUGGAGGACAUUGUGAUUUUACUGAUUUGUUUUAGACGUACAUGAGAGUUGAACAUGUUCAAGUUUUUUCGGUUUAA